AUUCAGAUGGAAAUACGAUAUGUAAAGCUAUUCUUGACCCUAAUGCAUAUCUGAUACCAAAACCCACAAAUUCAUUAAAAUCGUUUACAUUUUAUCCACCUAAAAACAAAAAUACCUAUUACUUUGAUGCAACAUUCGAACCAGAUAUGAGAGACUUAUUGGAAUAUGCAGCAGCUAAAGUACAAGAUAAAUUAAGAUAUAUUAAAGAUGUUAUUGUUCCUAAUAUGGGGGAUUCAAUUCCUCAAAAUUUGCAAGAAUCUUAUAUAAAAUUUUUAAUUGAAAUAUUCACCGAUGCUACUAGUAUUGAUGCAUUAAAAGAUUAUUUAAAAGAUUUAAAAGUCAUUCCAAACCAAACAUUUACACUUUUCUGCGCAAGAGAUUUAUUUGAUCAAAAGCAUCAAUUAUUUAAAUUUGUUUAUAAAGAUUCUAAUAGAUUUCUUCAUAAUAGUCUUCAAGAUAAUUCAUAUUCUUUAAAGGUACUUGAAGAAAUUGGAUUUAGAAGAAAUGUUACACCGGAGAUUUACAUUAGAUGUGCAGAAGAAAUUCAAAGUAAAUUUCAAAAUAAUGAGAAUGAUUUAUUUAAUAAAAGGGAAAUUAUAAGUUCAGCAAAAAGAACAAUUUUUUAUUUUUAUGAUCACCAAUCCGAACUAACAUUUUCAGAAGAAGAAUGGAAAGAAUUAUCAAAAAUUAAAUUUGUUCCAACAUCAAAAAUCAAAUGUGGACCAAAUAGAGUGCUAAAUGAAUUAUAUUCUCGUUAUGGUAAAAGUGAUUCAGAUGAAUUAGAAUGCUUUGAAAAUUUAUGUCAUCCAAAAUAUAUGAAUCUUGCAUGGACUCAAUUAGCAUUCUUUGAAGAUGAACCACCCGAAAAUGUUUUAAGAAAUUAUGAAAAUCUUGGUUUACCGACUAUUCCAACAAUCAUUAAUCAUUUAAAAGCCAUUCAAUCAACAAUAACAAAAUCGGAUGAAUGGAAAGAAUUGGGAGAUGUUGGUAGUCGAUUAAUAUUUGAAGAAUUAGAGCAUAUUUAUAAAAAAUUGGAAAAUGACUGUGAAGAAUUAAGAUCAUACUUUCCUAAAGGGCUUAAAAGACUUCAAAUAUUUUUGAAUGGUAAAGAUCCAUUUAAUUCGUAUGAUUGGGUUGCAGCACCACAACUUGAUUUAAAGAUUGAAAAAGAUUUCAGUCCAAGAAGAAGAGUUGUUGCCAGUCAUCUUUUAAAAUAUCCGAAACUUUUAGAAUUAGCUGGUGUAAAUUCACCUGAUAUUCCUAUUUGGUCAAAAACAGAACCAAAAGAAGAAAAUACCAAUCGACUAUCUAAAUCUAUGAUAAAAUUUUUAGAUGCUGGAAACAACACGCCUUUUAAUAAUGUCUUGUUUAAUGUUAAAGGAGAAGAAAUUUAUGCAAACUCUUCAAUAUUAAUUUGUGCAGCACCAUAUUUUGAAGACUUAUUCUCUGAACCUUCAACAAAUUUUAAUGAAACAUAUGAAGACAUUGAACCUGAUUCAUUUCGCAUAUUAUUAAGGUGGUUAUAUGGAGAAUCGUUAUCUGAAGCUAUACAAAAUUCUGAAAAAAAGGAAAAUGAAAAUACAUUCUUUCAAGCUUGCAAAGGUUUAUUAUUGGCAUCUGAAAAAUUUGACAUUGAUACCAUUAAAGAAUUGAUUGAAUAUAAAUUAGUGAUGUAUAUAAAUGACGAUUUCGUUGAUGAUAAUUUAGGAAAAAUUAAAGAAUUGGCUGAUGAAUUUGAAUUAGAUGAUCUUGUUAAAUAUUGUGAAAGCGUAGAAGAAGUGAUGAAAGAUGAAGAUGAAGAGUCAGAUAGUCAUACAGAUGUAGGAGAAAGUAGUAAUGUUGGGAUUACUAAAAAAUCUACUAACAACAACAAUUCAAAGACAAUUGCGCCAUCGAAACCUAAUUUCAUGGAUAGUCUUAAAUUUAGGUUUAUCAAAAGCCGUUUUUCGAAACCAAAUACGAAACGUGGAUCUGAGUCGUAA